UUCCUUCUUUUUUAAAGCUUGAAUAUUUUCUUUUACCCUUCUCUGUAUUUGGUAAUUUAGCCAGGACUUGAGAUUUGUUUGGCAGGCUGAGAAAAUGAUGGUGGGAAAGGAAGAUUUGGGUUUGGGUCUCAGCUUGGGUUUCCCCCAGAAUCACCACUCUUUACACUUAAAUCUGAGUCCCUCUCUGAUUCCAUCCUCGACUGAUUCUUGCUCUUCCCUUCACAAUUCCUCAUGGAACGAUGUUUCUGCUCCUACAGAUGCUAACUCAGAAUCAUUACCGGCCGAGACGAGAUCGUUUCUUAGAGGAAUCGACGUAAACAGUUUGCCGUCGACGGUUGAUUUUGAAGAGGAGGCCGGAGUUUCGUCUCCAAACAGCACGAUAUCGAGUGUGAGUGGGAAAAGGAGCGAAAGGGAAGGCACUCGUGGAGAUGAGAUUGAUAUUGAAAGAGCUUGUUCUCGUGGCAUCAGUGACGAAGAAGAUGGCGAUACUGCUAGGAAAAAGCUUAGACUUUCCAAGGAUCAAUCUGCUAUUCUCGAAGAAAGCUUUAAGGAACACAACACUCUCAACCCAAAACAAAAGAUUGUGUUGGCUAAGCAGCUGGGAUUACGACCCAGACAAGUUGAAGUUUGGUUCCAAAACCGAAGGGCCAGGACCAAGCUGAAGCAGACUGAGGUUGACUGUGAGCUCCUGAAGCGGUGCUGUGAGAAUCUGACGGAGAAGAACAGGCGGUUGCAAAAGGAGGUUCAGGAGCUUAGAGCACUGAAACUUUCCCCUCAGUUCUACAUGCACAUGACCCCACCAACUACCCUAACCAUGUGCCCGUCAUGUGAGCGAGUGGGCAACGCUUCCUCCACCGUUGAUCCCAGAUCCCACAAUAGGAACGUCCCGAUCAACCCAUGGGCCCCAGCUGUCACAAUCUCCCAUGGACCGUUCGAUGCUCUUCAUCAUCGAUCGUAAUUAUAACUGUUACAGGAGGUUAAUUUUGUCAAUGUAACAUUGAUGAGUACGGAGAAUAGUAUCAAGGGAGUCUUAGCGAUUCCUUUAGAAGGUCCAAAGAUAUGGUUUGUUAGAGUUGUGAUUUUGGUGGGUCAUCAUGUUUUGUAUUUUUGGACCCACCUAAAUCUAAUCCUAUUUUUCACCCCUAAUUUAUGACAUAUUUGCUUAGUUUAA